UAACAUACAGUCUGCAUAGAACAAGGGAUGACUCACUGCUGAAAACGAAAGUAAAUUCAGAGUCUGUAAAACUCUUCUUUCAUAUUUUCCUGCUGCUGGCACUUUUUGUGUUUAAAAUGGAUCCAUCCAUGCAGUUACCGGGCUGCUGCUUCUGGGAGCCAGGCAGAGGCAGAGAUUGAAGAGCCACCCGAUAAACUCCCCCGUGACUCCGCUAGAAUGUGGACAAUACUUUAUAAGCAGCCUGUGUUGAGGGCUGAGGAGCUGAAAGAGAGAAGCUAUUUGGGUCUUCCAAAUCAGCUGCUGCCCACUCUGGAGGAGCUAAGCACAGAGGAGUUGAGGAGAUUUCAGUUGUACCUGACUGGUGGCCAGCUGCCUGGUUUGCCUCCUGUCCCAGAGAGCCAACUGAAGAGGGCUGGUUGGCGGAAGACAGUGGUAACCCCCCAGAAAUACAGCCCUGAGAAUGCUGUGAAGAUCACAGUGGGCAUCCUGAGAAGGAUGAACCGGAAAGAUCUCAUUGAAAAGUUAGAGAGAGAUCACAGAGGGAGCACCCAUGCUUCUGCCUCUACACUGCCUCACUCUGCUUCCUCUGUUGGGCAGUCCAGCAUCUUGACAAGUCCCAGUCAGAGAGCAGAAGCCACUUUUCAGCGUGGAACCUGUCUGGUGAGAGGCUUGGAUCUCUUAAAGGGGGGGUCAGCGAGGAAGAGGAGGAGAAGGUACAGACCGAAGAUUCUGACUGGCAGUCUGAAGAAGAGAAAGCAAGAGGGACCCACAAUGCUGUCUGUCCCAAAUCUUCUACUGGAAACUCUAGAGAAGCUGAGCAGAGUCAAGCUGAAGAGAUUUCAGUGGCAUCUGACUGAGGAUGUUUUGGACAAACUUCCUCCCAUUCCAGAGAGCCAGCUGAAGAACUCUGACUGGCAGGACACAGUGGAUCAGAUCAUGCAGACCUAUGGCCCUGAGAAAGCUGUGGAGAUCACAGUGGUGGUCCUGAGGUUGCUGUACCGGAAGGAUCUUGCUGAAGUCUUAGAGAGAUCUCAUAGAGGAGCCCAGGGUGCAUUGCAUGGUAAAGUUGCGAAUGUCAGACUCAACUCUUUGAGGCACACCAAUCUGCAGGAUGAACAUGUGCCUGUCUGCUCAUAUCGGGGCUCCAGAGAAAAAUCCCCAUCUUUUAAAAAAAGUGAGACGACAUGGAAUGUCUCACUGGGCAUUCUUACACCUGCCAGUUCUACCAUAUCUUGCUCUUGCUCUGAGAGUGACCUUGAGGAGGAACACAUCCAACUUGUUGGCAGUCCUAGUGCCUUGGAUAGAGAAGCAUCGGAUACCAAAGCUGUUGACUCUCUCUCUAAGCCUGCGACUCCUUAUCAAUUUGAACCUAAAACCUGUGAGAACAAGGGAACAUACUGGUUCCAGUGCCCCCAUGCAGGUCUGUUCCAGUGCAGUAUAACAGGACUAGUAUUUGAGAUGGAGGGGGAGGGAGAGGUGCUCUAUUGGACAGUCCCUUGGAACAGGAAGCUUCUAGCCCAGAGAGGCAAGAGGCCUGCAGGGCCCCUGUUUAAGUUUACAUGUCCCCAAGGUUCUGUCGGUCAACUACACCUCCCACACUGUGAGCUCUAUGAUCAGGGUGGAUGUGAGUUCCUGUCUGUAGCCCAUGUGACUGAUGACAAAAAAGUGGAAUUUAUCGAUGACCUUGAGCUAACAAACACACAUGUCAUAAUAAAUGUCACUGGAUUCUCUAAGUAUGGCAUCGUCAGUGAAGAAGGCAAGCCCAUAACCCCUAUCGAUACACUUGUCUUGUUAUUCUACCAACUCCCAGAUGUUGUCAAGAGGUCCAUCCUGAAGGUUUUGUUGCUUCCCAGUAAUGUUGUACUCAAGGAGCCAGAAGAGGACUGGCCACCCCUCAGAGCCUGGUUCCUCUCAAGGUUUCUUCCUAUUUUACUGCCUUCUAGGGGUUUUUCCGAGCGUCUUGCUCUUAGUUUUUUGGUACUGGAGGAAAGGAGAAGCAGAAAUGGGGAUAGAGAAAUCUACCUUGAAACAACUUCUCACUGCCAACUCACCCCGAAGCAAGAAUACACCCUCUCCACCGAUCUUACAGAUAACCAUCGAAUAAAACCAACGAAAGCAUCAUUUGUUCAUUUCCAGUCCUAUGAAAACUACAUUCCAACAUUUCAGCUGUUCAUGCAAUCGAUUGUUAAGGAAGCAAAUAUUUUUCUGAAUGAAAAUGGCAGUGAUGAAUUUAUAUGGGAUGGACUUGUCUGGCUUCCAGCUUCACCAACAGAAUUCACCUCUACAGUUUUGGCCCCUCCACCUGCAACUCCUUCUAUCCCCCCUGGUCGAGCCUUCAUUACAAAACACAGAAUGGCGCUAGAGAUUCGUAUGGGAGUCUUGCGACCCAUACUCCUGCGUCUCCAGCAACCGGACCAGGGGGUUCUGAUUGACGAGGAGAUUGAGGAGGUGCUCAACUUAACCAAAAAGACCCUGCAGAACCAAGCUCUGCUGAACAUGGUGAUCAGAAAGGGGGCCCGCGCCCAGGAAUACUUCUACCAAGCCCUGAGAGAAGCAGACCCCUGCCUGGUUGAAGACCUGGAAGAGCCGACAUCCUGAGAGGUGGUGAUAGACACAAGAAGAUCAGAGUGUAUUUAAUGAGGAGCCAUCCUGACCAGAGGUCGUUGGUGUGUAAAGUGUUAUCCCCACCCAGGAUAUGACAGCACUUUCAUCAGGUUGAAUUCACUAGACACCAAGUGGACUGAAAUAGGGAGGUGAUAUAGAAUUUUGUUAUGAAUUUACAUAAAUGUCAAUUAUCCUACUCAGCCUGCAACCCAGAGUGUGUACAGUUCUGGUUUAAACGAAACAGACAGAAUUCCCAGCUCACAAUUAGUCAAAUCCAAGUUUAUUCACGAGACCUCUACCGUGCAUAUACAAAGAUGUUAUAACAUUCUUCUUUAGCUACGCACACACAUACACACUAACAUUAGGAUACUAUCUUCUUCUCCUGAAUUCUCACCACAGUUUAUCACUACCCAGUAUCACUACAGUUCCAGUCCCCCCCAGAUAAGAGAAACCUGGAGUGGUACUCCCUGUCCUAUCUUAUCUCCCCAGAGUUCUAGCCGGGUCGGUUCAUACAUAGGUUAAGGAAUCCAUUUGUUUUCUUUCGGCACAUACAUACAUUCCUCUAUUCCCCAGUCCAACCUAGUUGGACAUAUGUUUAUUAUUUUUAAUUACUCCUUGUCCCUGCAACAUAACCUCUAAACCCUAAUGGUUAAGUUUCUGGUAGAAUAAUUUAAUAAUUUAUCUUAAACCUUAUAAAUUAUUUUAUCAAUCCACCCUUAAUGACUAAAUAAUUCACACAUAUAUAUCAAACACUAUAUGGAAACAAAUGUUAUACAAGAAUAAACCAAACCAAUACAUGUAUUUACAUUCGAUUCCUCAUCAGUGACUGUUCUACGCCUAUAUCCAAUUAUAACUCUUCCGGUUUACGAUUUUCAUCAUCAUUUUCAUGAAAGGAACAGCCUCUAACUAAACAUUGAAAACAGUCUCAUCUAACAUUGGCUCCUCGUAAUUAAAAGAAACAGAGCCAUCUCCUAGGCCUGGAAGUCUGUAUUCGUCAUCCCACUGGUCGGAGCUUGGAAUCGUUCCGUAUCUCACCAUCUGUUGCAUCAUUGACCUCUCCAGAGACCUAGUGAUCAAACCUCAUACACAGAAUCAAACAACACCCACACAGAACCAAAACACUCAUACAGGUGAAAGUUGCCCACAGCACAGUGAUUAUAAAAUGUUUCCAUUUUCCAAACAUACUGAGUUUGGAAACUGAGUUCUCUGCUAAUUCCCUGAGUUCUCUGCUAAUUUGUGAGCUAAUGUGGUUAAACCAGCCAGGGCCUUGGUCACUAAUCCGUCUAGAGCUGUGUUAUUUAAAAAAUAAACGUACAGCAAUGAACCCCAAUCAUUCUACAUACCCUUCCCUUUUCUGACAAUUAACAUAUCGAGAGUCAGUCAAUUUUACCAGGUCAUGAGGGAGGUGACAGAUAAUUGGUCAGAGAACCCCUUUACUGCAUCCCCAGUGUCAUUCACGUAUCUCUGUUGAAUAUAAUAGAUGUCAUUCAUCCAAUCCACAUUUUGAUGUAUUGUCAACCACCAAAAUAAUGUAGUUGUUAAGCCUUCACCUAUUUGCUUCAUCUGGAACUUCCCUGAGGAUGCCAGUAGCAUCCAUCUAGACUCCCAUCCUGGUCAAAACUCUUCUUUUGCCUACUUUAGUCUCCAAUAACUGGCCUCGAUGACUAACUCCAACUGGUUGGACCAAUAAUCCCAGGAUGCAAGUUCCUAACCACCCUCUUUGGUAGUUUCUGUCGUAUGCGUCCUCUGCUGGUACAAGCCCACCCUACAUCAGUUAUAGGUGCUGUGAGGUUAAGAAUUUUCUCCUGUACUUCCAAACCUAAGUCAGUCACAUUAACGAUUACCUUUCAGCCAUUAAAACAAUCUAAGUUCUCUGUGCCUUUCUUGUAUCUAUAACACUGGUACUCAUCAGGAGUUAAAGUGAACCGAGGUAAAGUUAUUUGCUUUCCUAGGGAAUUGUUUAAUGUUUACCUUAAAUCCUGCAACGUGAUCUUCUUUGACUCCUUAUUGUGUAAGGCACUCAUCAGUGUAUUAUAUAGUUUAUCUUUUACUUCUUAUCAAUGACAAUGGCAUCCUAUAUAGGAUUUGGAUGUAUCAGAAAGGUUACCGAGACUAUGAUGCAUCUAAGAGCCCCUACUCUUCCCAAUAACCGGCAACCUUCUCCUGCCCUUAGUCGGUCUGCUAGGUACCACCCCAUAUUCACACUUCUAGGAUCACCCACAGUGAUGAACGGUCGGGAUAGGAAAUCUUUGUUAAGGAGGUAACCCCCAGACCCUGUUGGUACUCGGUUCUUCUCUUAACUCUGUGUGUGAUCAUUCAUGCUCAUAUGUGGGUAACGUAGACCCAAGUGACUAUCAACUAUUCUAAUGGCAAAGGCGGUGGCAGAAGGCAGAACCUUGUAUGGGCCUUCCCAAUGGGGCUGCUUCCAGUCUAUUCUCCUCAGGGACUGGAUCCACACUUUAGUCUCCUUGUUGGAUUGAGUGAAUCCCCUUCUCCUGUAAUUCACCUGUUGAACACAAAAUCUUGGACAUACGGGUUUGGUUACCAAACAGUCUUCUCAUGUGUUCUGCUAGUAUAUCUCCAACUUCUAUGUCUACCUGUUCUGGUCCCUAACUCUGGCAUUCUAUUUGUUCUACCUGACUAGCUAAAAUGUCAUCCAUUAUUUAAAGACAGAGAUCCUAGUAAACCAACUCUAGGGAUAAUAUCUCUACCUAAUAUUUUUACUACCAUAAUCGUGUCCGCCAAGUAAGUUGGGAACGCUUCUACCCAUAUGCUAUAUUUAUCUAUUAUAAUAAAAAUGUAAGUAGGUCGUUAUCACCUAGGCCACAACGUCUUUCCUAACCUGCUCUACCAUCCUUCCUCUAACCUGCUUGUGAUUAUUCUGUGCACAUAUAACACAACGUGAACAAUAAAAAUAUAUUUUUUAGUUA